AGGCAUCUUUGUCCUGCUCCUGGCACUCCGCCUCAGAAGCGGCUUCAUCUUCAUCUUCGAAGCCUCGUUGAAUUACAAACGAGCUCAGCUGUUGCCAGGAUGAUCUCCCUCACAGACUCACAGAAGAUCGGGAUGGGUCUGACUGGAUUCGGCGUAUUCUUCCUCUUUUUUGGGAUGAUGCUGUUUUUUGACAAAGCUCUCCUCGCCAUCGGGAAUAUUCUCUUCGUGUCUGGUUUAUCCUUCGUCAUCGGUCUGGAACGCACUUUCAGGUUCUUCUUCCAGAGACACAAGGUAAAAGCCACCAGCUUCUUCCUGGGAGGCGUGCUGGUGGUUCUGAUCGGCUGGCCGAUCAUUGGCGUUGUUUUGGAGAUGUAUGGUUUCUUCCUCUUGUUCAGAGGAUUCUUCCCAGUUGCUGUAGGCUUCAUCCGACGAGUUCCGGUGCUUGGCUCAUUGCUAAGUCUACCUGGGAUCAGAACUGUAAGUUCCAAAGGAGCUGCUGGAUCACUGUGCUAUUUAGUUGUCAGCAUCACCCUGUUUACUAGCUUGUGGACAAAAUUGGCGAGAGCAACAUGAUGGUAUAACGUUGGUUCUUGACCACUAUAAAGAGACUUCAAAUGUUUCCUCUUUCACUGGAGGAAACGUUUUGCCUGACCAGUUUUUGUCAGCACAGAAGGAGGCUUUCCUCUGUGGUGUUAAAGGUGGAUCUGUCUGAGUCAUGUGCCUGAGCAGUUACUGUUUCCUGACCUUGUAUGUGACAUUUUAUAUGACUGUGUUACUUGUGAUGGCAAUUUGUUACUGUGGAUUCUUGAAAUACAUUUUUAUACUAAUC